UGUCGGCGUAGGACGGAUCAUGGCCAUGAAUGAACAAACUCCAUUAAUGGAUCGUCUGCAUCCUUCACAGUAUCUCACAAAAGUCGGGAGAAGAACAUAAACUCUUCUGUGGACAAAUCACUCUCUAGUCUCUCUCCACUCCGAUCUUUAAGCUAGUUUCGGUUUCUGCAUUUAAUUCAAUUACUUCUUCUGCCUUAACUCUGGUUUAAAUCUCCCUGCCUGUAUAUGGUAUACGCAUAUUACGGUUCCGAAAUCCACCUCACAGAAACAGGAAAAAAUUGAAAGUAAAAAAGGAGAGAGAAAGGAGGUAAUAAGAAGCAUUUAUUUAGUUAUUGAUUUAUUUUUUGGAAGAUAACUGAACUGAAGGAGUUGUGGUGGAGACGAUCUGAAUGAGAUCGAAGAAGAAAUCCAUAAUCUGCAGAGGAAAUCGUAAUGUACAAGGUAAGAAGAGGUUUUUUGCUCCAUUUAUAAGGCUUAUUUUGAUUCCAAGUGUCGGAGAAGAUUGACGGCUUACUGUUGAAGACUUGAAGUUGAUGGAAGUUAGUCAGGGAAAUUGACGAUUUAACUUGUUGCAUUGAAAGAUUCGAGUGUUGAAUUGCUGUUUACUGUUCAGACCGAAUGAAAAAGGGGCAAACAGACUGGUUUUGCUUCGAGGAAGACAAUUUCGGCGAUCAUCGAUAGAUGGCGUGGAAUUUGUGUAAGAUCUAAGGUUAGAGCAUCUGUACUGUUAAAAUGGGGGUUUUUAGUUCGGAUUUAGAGGGGAAAGCUCCCAGGCUUCCGGACCGGGACAAAGUGUAAGAAGUUUUGGAGUCAAAAGUGAAUCACUACAUUAGGAACUGCGGAGAAGUAAUUCACCUGCUAUCUUUGUUUCGAUUCUCACUGGACCAAGUUAUGGAGUCUCGGAUGGAUCAGUAUGAGAUCAUGGAGCAGAUCGGCCGGGGAGCUUUUGGCGCUGCAAUCCUUGUAAAUCACAAAUUGGAGAAGAAGAAGUAUGUUCUGAAGAAAAUCCGGCUCGCUAGACAGACCGAUCGUUGCAGGAGAUCUGCUCAUCAAGAGAUGGCUCUUAUUGCACGAAUCCAGCACCCUUACAUUGUCGAAUUCAAGGAAGCAUGGGUAGAGAAGGGCUGCUAUGUUUGCAUUGUCACCGGGUACUGUGAGGGUGGAGACAUGGCUGAGUUGAUGAAAAGAUCAAAUGGGGCAUUGUUUCCAGAGGAGAAACUCUGCAAGUGGUUCACGCAAUUGCUAUUGGCGGUCGAAUAUUUGCAUUCAAAAUUUGUUCUUCAUAGAGAUUUGAAGUGUUCCAACAUUUUUCUCACGAAGGACCAGGAUGUCCGCCUUGGGGAUUUUGGACUUGCUAAAACUUUAAAGGCAGAUGACUUGGCAUCUUCUGUUGUGGGAACUCCUAAUUACAUGUGUCCAGAACUGCUUGCUGAUAUCCCUUAUGGCUUCAAAUCUGAUAUCUGGUCUCUAGGGUGCUGUAUAUAUGAGAUGGCAGCACAUCGCCCUGCUUUUAAAGCUUUUGAUAUGGCAGGACUGAUAAGUAAGAUAAACCGUUCCUCUAUUGGUCCUUUGCCUGCAUGCUAUUCCUCCACAUUGAAAUCACUUAUCAAGAGCAUGCUGAGAAAGAACCCAGAGCAUCGGCCAAGUGCAUCCGAGAUUUUAAGGCACCCGUAUUUGCAGCCAUAUGUUGAUCAAUUCCAUAUAUCUUCUAAUCCGCCUAGUGCCUGUUCACCAGAGAAACCAAUCUCUAGUGCACAUCAUGCUCGCAAGAGCUUUGCUAAAAGUCAAAGCAGCAACAGUUCUAGCAGUGAUAAAGAUAGCCUAAUUUCAAGCGAGAAAAACAUGACAGAAUUGAGAGUCAACUGUAAUUAUAGGUCUGCUGACACAGAUAUGGUUUCAACUGAUGAUGGAAUGGACUAUGAGAAGCCUCUGUUAGGUAGUGAACAUGGUAACGACAGAUCAAAUGUCAAAACAGAUGAGGAGGUGAUGAAACCUUUUCAUGAUGCACAGGGGCCCAAAGUUGAAUCAAAGCAACCAAAAACCAUCAAGAAUAUCCUAAUGGCUCUGAAAGAAGAGGGAAAAGUAAAAGAAAACAGUUCCCCAAUGAGAGGCUACCGUUUAAAGGCUGGAGUUGUAUCAAGCCCAAAAGCUAACAUAGAAGCAUCACCAAGAAUUCCCAAAUCUAGUGCUGUUCCUUCUAGUUUCAAGCCUAAUGCAGAGAAAGCAGCAGUUGGGACGGCAAAGGGGAACAUUGAUUCUCUGAAACGAGUCGCUGGAUCACAUCCUUUGAAGCAUCCGACACCUGCCUUUGAAUUCUCACCAAAGACAAAAGCUAAAUAUGAUGGGAUGCCACCCUUAGGGGCCAUGAAACACUCUGCAGAAGAUGGACUACCUGCUAAGACAAGGCAAAAAACUCCUCCUAAUCUGGCCCAAAGAUCUUCCUUUCCAGUACAACUUAGACCUACUGGGCUUGAAACCCCAGCCGCUGUGAACAAUGACAUGAAACCAGGCUCAAGUGAUGCUACAGAAGAUCCUGAAAGGGCUUGUAAUUUGAUGCACAAUGGUUUCACUUACGGUCCACAAAUUGUAAUAAUGCCUGAAAAGACUCUAGUGGGAGCAUCCAAAGAUAUACAAACUGACAGCAGUAAUUCACUCUCAUCAUCGAAGUUGACUCUAGGUUUUGAGCAGUGCAGUGUGCUUGAAACCGCAGUCCCUGUAAACAAUGACAUGAAACCAAGCCCAAGUGAGGCUACUCACAAGCCUGAAACGACUCAUAACCUGACAUCCAAUGGUCUGACUUAUGGCCCACAAACUGUAGUAGUGUCUGAAAAGACUCUAAUGGGAGCAUCCAAAGGUAUACAGACUGACAGCAGCAACUCACUCUUGUUAUCAAAGUCGACUCAAGGUUUUCAGUGGUGCAAUGAGGUAUUCGCUGCCCCGUUGAUUGAUUUGAAGGAACAAAGCAACUCUUGUUCAUCAAACCUGAUACUUCACGAUUAUGGGGGACUCCACCAAACUAAAAGUUAUGAGGCUUAUCCAAAGGAAUGCAGCAAUUCAUUGUCAUCAUCAAAUUUGGAUGAAUGUGUUGAGCUUUGUGACGAGGUAGCUGUUGCUUCUUUAACAGAUUUAAAGGAGCACAAUAACUCUUGUUUGUCAAACCUGAUACUCUAUCAUGAUAAGAGACUUCCUCCAACUGAAAAUUCAGAGGCUCAACCAAAUAAAUACAGUAAUUCAUUGUCAUCAUCUAAGUCAACUCAAGGUUUUGAGCUUUGUGAUGAAGUAGCAGCUGCUCCUCUUACUCUUGUGAAGGAACAAAACAACUGUUAUUCAUCAAACUUGCUUCUCCUUCAAACUGAAAGUCCAGAGACUCACCCAAAGGAAUACAGCAUUUCAUUGUCUUCAUCAGAGCCGACCCAAGGUUUUGAGCUUUAUGAAAAGGUAGCAGCCGUUCCUUUGACUGAUUUGAAGGAACAGAAUGACUAUUGCCUGUCAAAUUUGAUAGUUCAUCUUGAAAAUGGACACCCUUGGAAUGAAAGUUCAGAGGAUUGUCCAUCUGGUUGCUUGGUUCCUGCUUGUCUGACCUCCGCCAGGCUGGAAACUUUGUCAGUGGAAAUCCAGGGAGAAGAUUGUAGAUCCACCUCACACUCAAUAGCAUCUGAGACAAAACUGGAUUUUCAGAAAACUUCUUCCAGUAAUAAUGAAUUGAGUUCGAGCACAGGUUUUGAGUCUUCAUUCCCAAGCUCUGACCAGGAAUAUGUCUGUAAAGAUGACGUCUCUCUAGCGAGGCCUAGAAGUAGACCAGGUAUGAUGUCCCAAUCAAACCAUCCUCCACUGAUUGACAAUGAAAAGUUUACUGUAAGAGAACUACUGUCAUCCAUGACAGAACUUACUCCUGUUGUUUCAGCUACCCAAAGGAACUCUCUUCCAGAGGUGUCUGUCAUGCCAAGUCCACUGAUUGAGAAGCCAACUGCAGCUGAUCUUACUCCAGCCUUUGAUGAUGUCAUACAUGUAAUACGGCAUAGAAGUUUCCGUGUUGGGUGUGAGCUGCCUGUGAUGGAAACCAUGGAUAUGGGGGUUCAAAAUAUGAAUGUGGGGAAGCUACCCAAUGUAGUAGAGGAAGAGGUGGAGUUGAGGGACACAACACUGCCCACGACUGAAAAAUCAUCAAAUUGCCUGGAAGACAUAUCUGUAAAAUCAAAAUUUGCAGACAGCUCCAGGUUCAAUGAUAUCAACGUGAGGAACCACAGCGAGGAAACCGAUACAAGGAAUGUUCGUGCCCCACCCACAUCAAGUCAAAAACUUGAUUGCUCUGAACCAACAAAUUCGAACUCAGAAGAGGCUACCGUUACUGGUGUGAAGGAGGAUGGGAACCUGGCAAAGGAAAUUUUGGAUGUGAAAUCUUUUAGGCAGAGGUCAGAGGCUCUUGAAGGGCUGUUAGAGCUGUCCGCUGAGUUGCUGCAACAAAAUAGGUUGGAAGAGCUUGCGGUUGUUUUGAAGCCUUUUGGGAAGGAUAAAGUCUCUCCACGUGAGACAGCAAUCUGGUUGGCAAAAAGUCUCAAAGGAAUGAUGAUUGAGGACUCUGAACGCAGUGUGUGAGCGUGGAGAGGUCUUGGCUGUAACUUGUAAGUUAUCUUGAUAUUGCGAGUCUCUCUGCUACUGUUACAUAGCCUUUUCCCCAUGGUUUCUAACCAUUCGAGUUCCAUUUGAAUUGUGAGCAGAACAGAGUUAACUCGUUUUCUCUUGUAAAUUUUUUUUAUUUUUGUAAUUUUUUUUUUUAUUAUUAUUUUUUUUAAACUGGGAGAUGAUCAUGUUAUUGUAUAUAGUGAAUUGCAUGGAAAAAUAAUCCAGUAUUUCAUCCAAAUGGGUGAAUAAGAUGUACAUAUUGAAUGUACCAAAUUAAACAGACUGUUUGGAAAGGAUGCCGCAGUGUUCACAUUUGCUCUC